AAAAAAUAGCGGCUGCGUGCAUGCUUUGGGUGGAGGGGGAUUUUACAAUGAAUAACAAUCAUUUUUGCCUGCACGGAUCGUCCCUCAUAAUUCCCCCUUACGCCCUGAACGUAGUGUGGAAAGGCGGGCUGCAGUGGAAGUGCUGGAAUGGGCCCCCGGCCCUUACUAUAGCUACCCGGCCCGUCCAUCCUUCGAAAGCCCCCGGGAGUUGGGGAGGGAGUACAUUUGCCUCCCCCACAAAUUGUCACUCUUGCUGUCUUGAUUGACAACUGUCUAUGGCCGGCGCGCACGCGCGCGGCCCCUCCCUUGCUGCUCACUGAGGUUCCGCGCACUUGUCCUGCUGCCGCGGUUUUGACUCAAGCUUCCCGGCAGCAGCUCUCGCCUUGGCAGCGCACAGACAUGGCGGCGCCCUGUAAGUAGCUGGCGGCUUCCGGCUUUCUGCAAUCUCCCGGCUGGCCAUGAAGAGACGGCAGGAGGAUCUUACGUUUGUAUAUUAGUAUUGUUGCUGUUGCCGCCGCGCCCCCGCCCCGCGUUUGCAACCGGACUCGGUUGCGGAUUGGUCGCUGUUGAUGCAAAAAGUUGCCCUGCUCUCAGACUUCUUGCUCCUGUUUAGUUUUUCUGACUUGAAAUUGUAGUCCCAAGACUUUUGUUUUGCUGGUGCUUUCUUGUUUGAAAGCUUGGUCCAAGGACAUUACGUGAAAACUAAGAAUGUCCCAGGACCCAGGCAAACAAGGUAAAAAUGAAGAGAAAUCGGGUGACUUGGAGGAUACCCAGCAGGAAAGCUUGGACAACCCAGAACAGUCUGUCAGAAAGAAAAUUCGACAGAAUACACCAAGUCCCAGCAGAGGCAACACUCCUCAGGCUAGUCCCCCUCAGUUUGUGUCAGUGGAGGAGCUGAUGGAAACAGCAAAAGGCGUUACUAACAUGGUAUUAGCCCAUGAGAUUGUGAUCAAUGGAGGCUUCCAGAUUAAGCCAGCUGAAUUGCCAGAGAAUAGCCUGGAAAAAAGAGUAAGAGAUAUUGUCCACAAAGCUUUUUGGGAUUGCCUUGAAGCCCAAUUAAAAGAAGACCCACCAUCAUACAGUCAUGCAAUUACACUUGUGGGAGAGAUCAAAGAGGCUCUUUUAUCUUUUUUGUUGCCUGGACAUACUAGAUUAAGAAAUCAGAUCACUGAAGCUUUAGAUCUGGAGCUGAUAAAACAAGAGGCAGAGAAUGGGGCCCUUGAUAUUUCUAAACUGGCAGAAUUCAUCAUUGGAAUGAUGGGGACCCUAUGUGCUCCAGCUAGAGAUGAGGAAAUUAAGAAGCUGAAAGACAUUCAUGAAAUAGUCCCCCUGUUCAGAGCAAUUUUUUCUGUGUUGGACUUGAUGAAAGUGGACAUGGCUAACUUUGCUGUCAGUAGCAUUAGGCCACAUUUAAUGCAGCAAUCAGUUGAAUAUGAAAGGAAGAAAUUUCAGGAAUUAUGUGAGAAACAACCAAAUUCCUUAGAUUUUGUCACUGAAUGGCUGCAAGAAGCUGCAGAUGACUUGAAGUCCAACAUCCCCCCUGCUAUUGAUGCUGCUGCCGCCUCCAUCACUGAAGCCUCUAUAUUGUGUCCUAUUGAUGUACAGAAUCAUGCAUACCUUAAACUGCUCAAGUGGGAUCAUCUGCGAAAGCCUUUCCCAGAGACUGUGCUAAUGGACCAAACCCGCUUCCAGGAGAUGCAAAUGGAACUGGACCAGUUUAUUUUAACUGGUGCUAUUCUCCUGAUAACAUUCAAUGCUGCAGGCCCAGCACUUUCAGGUUUGCCAGCCGUUACUGACAAGCUCAGAAUGAUUAUACAAGUGCUGCUGACAGGGCUACACCUUCCUUCCUUCAACCUGAGUGAAGCUUUGGCUACAACCAGUGAAAAGAUAUGUGCUGAAGUUAAUACUUGCCUUUCUGAACAUGGAUUUACGCCUUUCACGCUUGAGAAAGAGACUGUGCUUAAAGGACAGAUCCAGGCUGUGGCCAAUCCUGAUAACACCAUAUGCAAACUGAUAGAUUCAAGAAUCCAGUCGUUCCUGGAGAGUUACCUUGCUUCUGGUCACCAGAAAUCCCUUCCUGCUAUUCCUGGUGGAUUAGGUCCUAUUCAGAGAGAGCUGGAGGAAUUUGCUGUCAAGUACGUUCGCCUGGUCGACUACAACAAGAUGGUCUUCAGUCCUUACUAUGAUGCAGUUCUCAGAAAAAUACUGAAUAAAGAAGAAUCAGCACAGCUAUGAGGAAAACUGGGAGAUAUCAAAUUCUGGUUUGUUUGUUGCCCCAGACAGUGGGGCUUCCAUCCAGAGCAGAGUAGUAGAAGGCUGCAUGUUGCACUUGUGUUUCUGUCAGAUACAUCAGGGUUGGAAAGCAGAAGUCCUUUUCAGGCCCCGGUUGUCUAUUGGGGACCCCCACAAUCAGUCUUAGCAUUCCUAUUCUCCUCCUAUCCCCCUCAGUUCCAGACCAGUGUUUUUUCAAGAACUUCCAAGUACACAGAUGAAACUGUUAAGCAAACUGGAGAUGGCUGGGUGAGAAGAACCAAAAUUCAAGAGUAAGUGAACCGCCUAGAGCCUUUGGAGCCUUAAUAUACAUUCAAUAAAUAAAUACAUGGUGACUUCCCCCUGCUCCUGUCUGAUCUUAACAGUUGAUCAGUGCUCUGGGGAGACUUGCUGAGAACCUGCUACUGCAAAGUACUGCUUUAUUGAACUGAUUUAUAAAGGUUUGAAUAUUCCCUUGAUAAAGAUGUAUACCUAAACUCAUUGGGAAAGCCAAUCCUAAACCAUUGUUGUAACUUGCACUUGUGCGUUUACAACUAUCCUUGAUCCUCUUCUUCAGUUUGUUCAGAAUCCCCUGAUGAUACCAGUUCGCUUUAGGAAGGCUACUGACAUUGCACCCCCACCCCCACCCCUUGUUCUCUCCAGCAACCUGUAACGGGUACCCAGGCGAGUUGUGGGAUGAAUUCCCUCCAGUUCCUCCUUGUGCAGCAGUUUAUUAUUUUCCUACUAUGGCAGAUCCACACCUGGAAGCCUGUCUGUCUAGGCAUGAAUUGCUGCUCUUGGAUCAGUGUGGUUAACUUCAUCUGUUGCAGAAAGCUUGCAACCUUUCGGAAAUGUAAAAAUGUAAACCAUUUUGGUAAUUCAAUGAUGGAAUACAGAGUGGAUAGCUGAGUGAUGGAGGAGCUACAUGAAAAUAUACCAGCUUAGAAAGCAGAGAGCUGAAAGGGAAUAUGGACCAAGGUAAGACUAAAAUGAAUAGCUGUUGGAACCUUCUUGUGCAUGCACUUUGUGAGACAGAUGCAGGAGUUUCAUAAACAUCUUUCUGUGCUUUUUCAAAGCCUGUCCUAACAGCUGUAACAAACACGUAAUUUCCACAUAUGCCAAACUUGGAUAUUUGUAGUUAAAGCACUUUAUAAGUAGUCUGACAAGGCUUUUUGCCAGCCACAUUUUUUCUAUAUUUGUUUUUCUGCUAAUAUUCUAACAAAACAUAUAUAAUUAUAUUUUGGAGAGUGUUUUCUGGUUCUUCUCUACCACAGUAUUCACAAAAAUGAUGAUCUGUAGAUUCAAGGUGGUAUUUCUCUCUUUUUGAAGUGUGGGAACUAAAACACUUUUGAUAAGGGUGGCGUUACUUGGUUUUCUGUUUGCUGAUCGCAUGGAAUAUUAGUAUAGACAAGCAAACCUUUGUAUUUAAAGCAGUUGUAUAAAGACUUAUUCAUUGAAUGUUCAGGCUGGAGUUGUCUGUCUAAUGAAACUAUUGAAAGUGAGGAAAAGAUGGAUGAAGCUCCUGAGAAACUCUGAUCAAAUAUCAAGCUCGCCCCACCCCCAUCCAAGUGUUUUUAGUGCACAGCUGCUGGGCACAUGCCCCUUCCAAAGAGAUGGCCAGCAUUCUUCGCUGUGGACUCAGUGUCCCCCUCCAACCCCACACAUAUCCAGCAAGCAGUGCACAGGCAGGAAUUCUGAUUCCAUGCACGCAUCACCCUUGCUGGAUUGGAAAGACCUUCUUUGUAUGUUAGAGUGGCUUUAAAUUUCUAGUAGGAAAUAUACUAUUUUUAAUGUUCCAUGGAGUUUAUGGAAAUCUUACUGCUAGUUUUAAAAACAAAUAUGUUUCCAGAAGUUCAUAAACAUCUGUACACUUUGUCUGCUUGAGAAAAUUAACUGUGUUUCUUAAGUCAGUGUCCUGUGAAGUGAUUUCCAACAUCAGAGGCAUAACUAGAAGUAUUUUGGGUCAAAAAUGUGGAACGCAAGAAUAAGUCGGUGAAGUGGUUUUAUAAAUUUUUUGUUGUUGGAAAGCCAGAGUGCAAUACCUGAAUGUUUAGUGGUAGUCUUCUGUGUGAUCUAGUUUUGGCACUUAAAGUUUGUAAAGAAGCAAAACUACACACCUCCAAAAUCUUACUGCUUAAGCAAUCUCUGAAUUACUCCAGUUUGAUCACAGACUAAACAAUCAAAUUAGAACUCUUUUGAUACUGCAGUUUCAUGAACUUAACUAUAUAAUCAACCAAUAUAACCAAAUGUUCUUGUUUCAGUCCAGCAGUCUGUUCCAUAUAUUGGCCUGGCCCACACAGCCAUUCAAAUCUAGGUUUAAUGUGGGUUACUGACAUUGAUAUGAUUGUGUGAACCCACGCCAAGGAGGUUUAUAGCCCAGAAUGAAUAUGAGAUUUCUGCCUUGGCAUGGGUUCACACAGCAGAUGCGUUGGUAAAAAAAAAAAAAUCAAACCUAGAUUCAAACAAUUGUGUGAACCAGACCAUUGUGUAUUAAUUCUUGCUUGCUCAUAGAUCCCUGGAUUGGGGUGACUUUAGUUGGAAAAAGUGCUUUUCCUUCUUAUUUAGGCUCGUACCUUCAAAAUUUGAUGGCUGCAAGAUUUGAAUCAGGGCAAACAUAUGGAUCCAAGAGGUUUUCCUCUUGGUCAAAAAAGUGAGCAAACAUCUACCUUAGCAGGCCAAGAAAAUCACACCAUUGUUUUCAACAUGGGUUUAGACAUAGCACGAAGCUCAACUGAAGCCAAGCUCUGUGUGACAUCCCUCAGCCCUGGGAGUGUUGCACUCCCCCUCCCGCCCCCACACAUGAGCUUCUACUUCCUUGCUAGAUUAGGAUAUGCUGAGAUUGGCAGGAGCGCCCAUUAAGACAAAUCUCAACACAUUCUGACCUAUAAAGGAAGUAGAGCCUUGUGUGGGGAUGGGACAGAACUGUGUGCUCCUGGGGCUGAGGGAAGUUGCACAGAGAUGGGCUUCAGCUUUCUGGAGCGCCAAACCUGUUCAAAUGUUGGCAUUUGAGCCGGCUUGAUGGGCAGUGGGAGGGGGGUACCUUUAACAAACAGGUAAGGAGCUCCUUCCCUGCUUGCUUCCUCCCUGCUGCUUUCCCCCUGCUGGUGCUUGUUUUAGAAGCAGCCACAUGGGGCGCACGUGAAUGCUGGUCAUUUGCAUUGGAGCUGCAGGAAGGAACGCUGCAGCCUUGCAUGGCUGUUUCUAAAACAAGCGCUGGCAGGGGUGGGGGGGAGCAGCGGGGAGAGGGGGAGCAGGUAAGCAGCUCCUUGCCUGUUUGUUAUAGGCACCCCUCCCUGCUCUGCAAGGGAGUGCAUGAACAGCUCAUGCAUAUCCCUAACUUCAGCUGAGCUUGGUGCUACGUCUGAAUCUGCCCACGUAGACAAAACGUUGGUUACUGUCCAGCCAAAGUUCAUCACUUGCUUAAAUCUUUCCAUUGAAAUCAGCUAGAUCAUGUCCAGUGGCCUAGAAUAAUAAAUUUUUAAAAAAAUCUGUGGCUGACAUCCAGACUUAAGUUAUUCAUGAGUAGUCCCAUCAAAAUGAAUGGGACAAGAUAGUCAUGACUACCAUGUGCCAUUAAUGUCAGUGGGACUCAAGGGUGUCACUACUAUUGAACAAGGGGGAGGGGACAGAUGUCCCUGGGCCGCUGAGGUGCAGGGUGGGCACCAGCUGAGUGACAACCUGCUCUUUGCCCUCCCCCUCACACCUCUCUGAAGACUGGGGGGGGGCAGGGGAUCAUCUUCACUUUUUCUCUCAGGGCCCACUCCGAACUUGCUAUGCCCCAGUGGGACUACUCAUGAGUAAUGUCUGGAUGUUAUCUAGCAAAAUGUUUUGCUCCCACGUUAUGACUUUUUAAAAAAUGCUGCUUAGUCAUUUGCAGCAAUAAAUUAGUUGGAAGACAAGUGGAAGACACUUUAAGUGGAAAUUCAUUGUUCUGUCAACAUGUUCUGUAUUGUCUGUAUUUUAUGUAUUUCCUUGAAGUUUAGGAAUGUGAACUUGUUGCUCAUUUCUUUCUUUACUGUUUAUGUUGCUAUUUGCUUUAUAUGCACCAUUAAUAUGAGACUGUAACUCAUCUGUAAUAAAUAAGUUGUAUGUGACAGUC